UAUCAGGUUUUCGCAACUAAUUUGUAUCUUAGCAACUCAACCUUAUAAGCCUAAUUCUGAAAAAAAAUCAAAUUCUUUUUUAGCUCUCGAAUGCACGUGGUAUUCCUGACGCCUUGUCAGCAUGGGCGUGAGCUCAUAAUUCUGUUUAGCAUAUAACUAGUCAGUGUUGAUUUCCAUGCUCUAUUAUUCAGAUUCAAUGAUUGUGUAGCAUUGCUAUGGCUUUCCUGAAUGCAUAGUUAUAUAUGCAUGCAAUGUGUCUAGUGGUUUAAUUGAAUUGAGAGCCUGUGUACAUCAUUGUAGUGGAGUCAAUAGCUUUCUAUACAAGAGCAGUUCUAUAGACCUAUCCAACCAUCUGCAAGGAGCAUUAUAGUGUUUGCUAUUAGCUAGCUUAGUUGAGUGUGCAUGAGAGUAUGAUGGAGCUUAGAGUUAUAUUGCUGUGUGUUGUGUGUGUGCUGCUGGGGCAUUGUCUGCAAGCUACUGUCUCUCAAGACUGCAGUACAGGAGGAGAGGAUUGUGACACCACCCCGCUCCUUCACAGCAAUGUAACAUACAGGGAAGUGUCUUCAUUGAAAGGCUAUAAUGGGAUGGAUGUGUGCCUCCUGGUAUCAGGAGCUAGCAGCAUGUCAGGAAAGCAUCUCUGGCUACAGAAAGUGGUCACUCUGCUGGAGGAGCAAUUCAACUCGCUGGACAUCGUCUCUAAUCAAUACUGUCUUGUGCAUUUUGGCAGUAAUAGACGAUCGCUGACUGGGCAUUUUCUCACAGCAAAUGAUAACGUAUUUUUUCCCUCUAACGACUUUGUGUUGGCACGGCGACGACUACAGAAAAAAGGCGAUGUUGCCGAUGGUUACGAAGCAGUUCAGUUCACAUUAUCCCAUGCUCCAUUCCGCACUGACCCUCGUAUUGGCCGAGCACUGCUACUAGUCACAGACAUGGGUCGCACAGCUCUGGCUGCAAGCAGUCAUCUGAAUAGAGAUAACGUCUUUAGUCUAUUAGCUGGUCAUGAGACUGCACUGAAUGUCGUGGUGGACGUGUCCAUGCGAUUACCCGGGCGAUUACCCGGGAAGAUAGUACUAGGUCUACAUGACACGCAUACAGUAUCCACACUAUCUGAGAAUGGUGCAAGUUAUGAGAUCAUGGACUCUAAUGUGGAGGUGACCAGUGUGCAAGGGAACACUGUAGAGGACUAUGUAACCCUGGCAACGGCUAGCGGAGGAUCGUCAUGGCCACUGUCACUAUUGGCAACAAGUAACCUCACUGUACUGAAAACUUUUGUGCGAGCUUUCGUGACAGAAAAUGACAUUCAAAGAACUCUUUCUGUGAGUGUGUGUGAAGAGUGUGAGUGUGUGCAGGUGGGCGUAGGUGGAGAGUGUGCCAGGCGUGACUGUGUGAAGGCCACUGACCAGGAGACCUGCCGUUGCCUUGCCAACAACGCCCCUACAGAGUGUUUGACCCCCUCGCCUGUGACCCCCGAGGGGGGGCAGUCCUCUGUGCUUAACCCCCAGCCCACCUCAAUACCUCGUCCUCUGUUGGUGACAGGGGCAGUGGAUCAGUUCCCUGGAGGGGAAGUGGAGCUCAGCUUUAAUAGUACCAUUAAUAGAGCCUCUUAUGAAUGUGUCUUCCUGACCAACGACACAGACACACCACAGCUACUACCAUGUUCCAGUCCCUACUACCUCAAGAGUCUGCCUUCUGGGGAUCACAAGAUGCUUGUCAUUGGAAAGAGAAAAGAUUCUAUUGGUACGAGGAUAUUUGCCUUCACGUUGACCACACCCACACUCCCCCACAUCACGCCCACGGCUGUUGAUGCUGGUAAUGGCAGUCUAAGAGUGGAGACACAACACUAUGGCUUCUCCCUGGAUGUGACACUUUACUGCUCGCUGGCUGGAGGUCCAUUCUAUCAGUGUGAGUGUGAGUGUGUGUGGGUGGGUGUGACAUUUUACUGCUCGCUGGCUGGAGGUCCUUUCUAUCAGUGUGGUGUGUCUGAGGUGUUAUCAGCGGAGAGAUUGGGGACUGACCAAUCAGUGUUUGUCGUUGUUGCUAUUGGCAACCGUGGUCUACUAGCAGCGGGAAGUCUCCUAGUGCAAAGACCCUACACUAAACCCACAGGUCCUAUUGUGGUUGGUAUUCCAACAGUAGACGCCCCUGAUCCAUUUGGGCGUAUCAGAAUACGCUACAAUACGUCACGUCCUGAUGUGCGUUGUUUGUGUCGAAUAGUGGGACUGAGAUUAGUGGAUUGUAGUGCGAUGGAGUACACUAGUGACCCUCGUGUGUUGGGAGGUGGUGAUCACACUCUCUCCAUAACCUGUAUGGAUGAAGAUGGCUAUGCGGACAAUAAGCUCAUCAAAUUCUCACUCUCUCUCCCUCCCACACCACCUCCCGGACCAUUGUCGUGUGACGUACAUGUGAGGAUACAGGAGCACCGAUUGGUCGCUGACUACACUUGUGAUAGGAGGGUUAUGGCAACUUGUCAGGUCUCCAGUCUACAACAAGAGUCCUGUAACUCUCCUAGUGGUAUAUACGUGGCUAACGUCAGCACGCUGGGAGGUGGACCACACGUGUUCAUUCUGUGUGUGGAUGAUGGGUUUGGCAAGACACUCAUGAAGAUCCUGCCCUUCACUAUUGGAACAGCCCAGCGUAAGUGUUGUCCCCUCCCCCUUACAGCCCAGCGUAAGUGUUGCCCUCUCAUCAACUCCACUCUCUCAUUACUCAACAUCUCACAACCUCACGACACGAGUCUAUACCUCUCUGUUGCCCCUGGCAACUGCUCCUUGUCCGAGGGAUUCAGCUAUUCUGUUGCCUGGGGGGAUGGCAGUAUAGACUCAGGAACACUGGUCAGGCUAGAACCACUACACACAAGUCAUCGUUACCAGGAAAGUGGGCAUGGCUCCGAGGAUAGUGGAAGUGGCUACAACGUGGAGGUGUCUUAUUGCAACAAUCCAUCUAUAGAGACGAACAUUUGCUGCUCCUCGCUAGUGCUGCCAGUAGAACCACACUGACCCACGCCCACACACUCAUCACUUGUACACACACUGCCACAACACUAGUAGCCAUUACUGUAUAGUCACUCUCGACAUGUUUUACUGUAUUUACGCAUGUAGCACCAUUUUCAUCAGAGCUAAUCGCUCGUUAAUUCAAUCAAAAAUCAAAUUAAUGUGUUAUUAACAACUUAA